UAAUUUUAAUUUUUUUCUGCUCGAAAGUAGUUUUAAUAAAAUAUAAUAUAACUGUCUAUCUGCUGAUAUUUGUAGAUCUCUGCAAAGCGUUGUGCUAACCGCAAAUAAAAUACAAGACGAGGGAGCUUUGCUAAUAAUCCAGGAACUUUGCAUGUCCGCUUUGACCCAUGAAGAAAUCGUUGACCUUCGACGCCGCAGAUUUAUCGAGCUGGAGAGUAAGCUGGACAAUCAGCAAACUCAAGAAAUUUUUAUCACAGAGCGAACUAACAGAAAUGAAACGUUGCAGAAUCAAAACUCAACUCAGUCUUUUGAAAAAAGUAUGUUUAAUAUUUAUCAAAUUGUUUGAACGAUUAUUUUAUGCUAGUCUUCAAAAUAUAGCGAAUCAAUAUGAUUCAAAGAUGAAAGUUCAAACUGACUCGCCGAUAUCAGACAGUACCAUCCAAAUUUCAGAAAAAUCCUUAGACAGCGAUGUUAGUCAUCCGUUUAUGAGAGAAACUGUGGCGAUAAAUGGCUGCGUGAUGACAAGCGGAAAUUUAAAAUUGCAACAUUUGAGCUUAAGUUUCAAUCGUUUGACGAAUAAAACGUUGAAAAAGUUGGUAUCGUGUCUAUACUAUCAGAAUUACAUGCUGUUAGAUGAUUCUGCAAGAGGCUUGCUGUAUGUAUUUUUGGAGGACAAUGACAUUCAAAAGGAUGAAGACUGGUCGACAUUCCAAGAGCUUCUGCGUCGCAGGCGACAAGAUAAUCAAAAAAUUCCAGACGAGGACUUCAAGGAUCUCGUGCCGGUGGAGAGCGAAGCUUUGCGAAACAAAAUCAACGUAAUGAUUAGCUAUAAGUUUGCAGGAAAAUAUUUUUUUUAUUUACCUAUUAAUUAUUUCAUUUUCUCUGCAGAAUCUUCGCAUUUAGAUUUUUGUGUUAUUGUUCAAUUGAGUUCAUUGCCGUGCGGAAUUGUGCGAUCGGCGAUGGUGCAUUGCCUGGAAAUCUUAUUGGAUGAAAAUCUUAUCUUAUCGCGCAAUGUGCGCACCACGCGAUGCUCACUGUUCGAAACGCGUGCUCUCUGUACCAGCGCAUUGCAUUGUCACUUUCGGUCGUUGCACUUCAUAGAAAUGUUGCUGCACGUUGCCGCCGUAGUACUCGUUAACAUCGCUAUUAUAGAACUGGACACCAUGUACUCCAUUCCGCCGGGGAAGAUCCUGAAUCCCUCACUGAAGAGCCCACUGCACCGGGUGUUCGUGUAUGGCACACUAAAACGAGGCGAACCAAACCACGGUCUCAUUAAGGAUGCCGCGAACGGUUACGCCAAGUUCCUGGGCCUUGGCAGAACGACGAUCUCGUAUCCUCUGGUGAUUGCUACGAAAUACAAUAUCCCGUUCCUGCUGAAGAAACCCGGCAGCGGCAAUCAUGUACUUGGAGAAAUAUACGAUGUGGAUUCUAAAAUGCUAACGAGAUUGGAUGAAUUGGAAGAACAUCCUACGUUUUAUGAGCGAACCGAGGAAGAACUCUUAUUAGCUCCGGAAACAACGCUCAAGCCUGGGAAAACUUUCGAAGAGGUUGGCGAAUUGACAAAAGCCUGGAUAUACUUCCUGCCGAAGUACAAGCCUUCCUUGCUGGAGGGUUCUAUGUACGCGUCUUACAGCAAUAACGGAAGUCAUGGACUCAAGUAUUGCGAGAACGACGAGGACAUGUCGAGCCUUGACGACGUUCUUUGAAUAUUAAAUCUUGUACUCAAUCUUGAUGGAUGGCAAAUAUUUUCUCUUGUGAUGCUAAUAAUUCUUUUGAAUGAAUGAUCGGAGAAAGUGACGAUGCAAAAAACAAAUGAGUGAUUUAUAAGAUUGUCUGGUACACGAUCGCGGUGCUCUUAAAUUUUUAAGAAAGCAUUAUAUUUUUGCAUUUAAAAUGUAUUAAAAUUAGAUAAAAAUA